CUGCCUGGCCACACUGAAGAAAAAGAAAACAAGUCGCAGAAUCACGAUACACCAUUGCAAUUUACACACAAUCCCUUGCAUUUGCAUCUCCGAUGCCCACAAACUGGCGAUGAAGCCCCAGACCAAGCGAAAGUCCUUCCCCUUCAAUGCGCCCCCGCCGGGAGGAAUCAUGGAGUUCGGAUUCGGGAGCUGCAGCAGCAACUUUAAUGCGGAGAACGACCUGGUAAAGUGGCAGCACAAGCGGAAAUCGGAGCAGCAGGCGACGGCAGUGCUACCCCCCAAGAUGCUUAUAACCGAGGAGCGGAUUACUCAGCACUUCAGCGGACUGUCGUUGGAUCCGAAGAUCAAUGUGGCCUCCUCCGCCGUCGGCGGCAGCAACAACAACAGCGUGGUGGGCAGCGUUACCGGCGGACUGGUGACUGAUGACAUACCGUCCACCAGCACCGGCAAGACCCAUCAUCAUCCCAAUCCCGCCUACCAAAUGGCGGCCAUGGAGCUGGAGGAAAAGCUGCGGAACGCCAAUCGCAUUGUGAUCUGCGAUGGCCUAAAGGGAUCGCCGGGAUCGGGUCCCGGAGCAGCACCCCCAGUGAUCCCACCCGAGUGGCUAAUGAAAGCCAUACCACGUCCCUGCACCGCCUUGGUGCCCUGGCAACCAUCACCGCUACAGAUCCCAAUGCCCAAUGGUCCCAAGAUUGUGGCCCCACCUCCAAUUAUGGCACCGCCCAUGGUUGGAGCUCCGCCAGCUGUCCAGGAACUGGACGACUAUGACGACGAUCUGGAGUUCUUUGAGAACAACAACACGUGCAGUGUGAAUCUUAACAAGUCUGAGCAGGAGCACAUGGAUGAGGACCUGUAGCCCAUAGCCAUAUAUAUCUCUAAAGAAUAAGCAUAACAUUGUGGAGAAUUGUAUGUCCGUAUUCGUAAGAACACACAGUUGAUAGCAUGCAAGAAUACUCCCUCUCCUUAUUUUGUAUUACUAUUGAAAAUAGAUAGAUGUAUGUGAUCAAAUCCGAUUUGGCCGACUGGAAUGUUCGUUAAUAACAGCAAGUGGGCCAACUGCAGACGUGAAAAUCUGUCGCUAAGAAAAAACUAAUUUGUAAUUACUUUUUAUUUCAAUUUGUAAACGGAUUAAAGUGUAUUGAAAUGUUUUAAGAAGAGGGGAUAGAUGGAGUUUAUCAAGUCAGAAAAGCUGAAUCUACAAUAUUAACAAUAAGUCAUAAUAUUUUAUUGCUUUAUUUUGUGUAUUAACUUGCUAAUGGUAAUUUUACCUGGCACCAAUAUAUACUUGCUUGCUAUGAAAUUAAAGAAUAAAGGCUUUUUAUUAAAAAACCAA